GAGUCCGCAAACUGAGUAACUGGGAGUUGGAUCACGGGACUACUCAGUCACUAUAAGAUCGCCAAGUCGCACAGACUCCUAGGUGCUGACAGUUUUUUUUUUUUUUUCAAGUAAAAAAAUUUUUUUUUACUUUCAAAAUUCCAGGGUGAUUUUUUUUAAGUUUUUUUUUUUUUCGAUGACUAGUUUACCGAAAAAUCGUGAAUUAUAUUUAUUUACAAUAAAUGAAAUACUUUUUAAAUGUAAACGGAAGUGAGUAAGUGGAUGAUAAGAAGAAAUUGUAUUGGGAGAAGACGGAUAUCCUCCAAUAGGAGAAAGAGGAAGCGAUGAUCUACGGGGUCCUAGUGGCCGGUGCUAUCACCCUUGCCACACUAAGUCGGUAUUCGCUUGCACAAACGGCCACACUAACGAGUCUUGCAUUUUUUCUGAGCUCAAGUUUUACAACAGCAGUCACUGCGGCACCAUCUUACAACUUCGGGAUUGUUUCCGAUCCUAGUAUUAAUAUUAUGGAGACGUGGGAGCAACCUUGCGGUACACCACUGGCUGCAUCUUUAAAACGACCACCACAAAGACAUAGUGUUCAUCGGGCAUUAAAGAAAGUACGAAUACAGCUGCGUGUUGCUCAAAAUCAUUUUCGGAAAGAUCUCAAAGUCGUACAUGAAAUUUAUUCAAAGGUAUAUAAAGUAUUGAAGGGACAAUACCACAUGGGCUGGUUGCCAAAGAACCAGCUUGAAUGGUAUUACAAUGAACUUUGGUGCAAAGAAAAGAGCAAAAAAGCAGAACGCGGAUUGCCACAACUUCACGACGCGCUUCAACGAUUUGCCAUAACAUUUCAUUUGUUGAAGAGUUUUCGUCUCAAGUCAAAUAUCAAUGUCGAGUACACGAUGAAUAAGAGGAAUGAAAUUAUUAGUCAAAUGCAAAAUGAAGUUCAUCGAAUGCUGUGUGAAGUAGAAACAGCAAUUUUAAAUUUAGGAUUACAAUUACCAGAAAUUCAUAAAACAGAAAUAGUUACAUCAGAAUCUGAUUGGGCCACAGAAGGUGAUCUCACUCUUAUGCUAAUACAAGACUGGGGUGUUCUACGACUUUAUCAAGCAUUUCUCAAUGAUUGGACACGGGCGCUUCGUAAUGCGACAGCUAUUGGUCCUGGUACUUGUGAUCCGGAUGCCGUGAAACCGCUUCUUUAUCGAGCAAAACAAAAAAAUCCGAAAAAAACGAAACGAUUAAAGCCUAAAAGAUUAGCUCAAGUUAAGAAGAAAAAAAAUGAAAAUAUUAAUAAUGAUAAUAUUGAUAGUAAUAAUAACAGUACUUAUAUUAACAAUUAUGAUAAUAGUUAUAAUAAUAAUAAUAAUAAUGAUAAUAAUCAUAAUAAUAAUAAUAAUCAUGAUAAUCAUAAUCAUAAUCAUAAUAAUAAUAAUAAUCAUAAUCAUAAUCAUAAUAAUAAUAGUAAUAGUAAUAGAUCUAAUCAUAACGAAGGUGUUGUAGUUAGAAAUAAUGAAAUUAUCGUAGGUGGUAAUGGCGAAGUUAUUCAUUCACGUAGACGAGGCGUCAGACGACGAAUGGCUAAAAAUAGAAGAAAAAAAAAUAGACAAUAACGUUUUAUAAAUAGGAUCGCAAAUUACUCAUAAAUUAUUUAUUUCAUUGUCAUCAAUUUUUUUUUUUUUUGAUUUAUUUAAUAAUGUCUUUUUUCCUUUUUUUUUAACUACACUAUCAAAAAGAUUCAUAUGAAAAUCCAUGUAUAAUAUUGGGCUAAAACAUUAUGGGCAUCGAUGGAAUAUAAAUUUCUACCGUAGUGGGCAAAAGUAUGAGAAUCUAUAGGAAUCCGUAGGAAAAAUUUUAUGCGUCGAUCUGAAUCUGGUUGGAAAUCUAUUAGACUCUGUCGGAAUAAAUGAAAAAAAAAUAUGUGUUGAUAACUUUGAAUUACCCAUGGAAUUCUAAUAGGAUUUAUGAAAAUUCAGUAAGAAACAUUAUAGGAAUGCAUGAAAUUUUUCGACACUUUCCGGCAUCAGCACGUAGAAAUGUGACAAGUAGAUGGCACAUGUGCAUAAAUAUUUAUAGCUGGGCGCCAAAAAAAAAAAAACGUGUGGAACAAAUUUCCCAUAAAUUUUUACUUAAAUGGGGCAACAUUUAUGUAAUCGUUUAUGCCGACGUAUAAGUCAACAUAAAUUGCGGUAUAUUAGGGAGCUUCGUUUCCCGCGAAAGUUUGUUUUUCGUUGCUCAUCAAGCAAAAUAUCAUUCUUUAUGCUGAAUCAGAAAUUCUUGCCAAGUUUGAACUCUUAAUUUCAAUCCUAAGUACUUUCCAUUUGAUUUCAAAGAUUUCCCACUUAAAAUACGCGUAAAUUAAAUUACUUUUUUUUAAGUUUCUAAUACCCAGUUGCAUUUUAUGAUAUCAAAGCACCGUUUGUCGCAAUUUGUAGGCAACUUAGUGUUUUUCAAGAGUGCUUAUAGUAACUUAGCUGAUAUUCAAGCUGUUUUACUUGUGUCCGUUGCGGAAGUAAUUUUUCAUAUAAAAUUGACGUUUAUCGGCUUGCAGAACGUAAACCAAUGGAAGUACACUAAAAAUGUUUACGGGAAUUUUAUAGGAAAUUUUAUUCCCUUCAAAAAAAGUCUUAUGAGUAAAGUUGCUACAGUCCAUAGUUUCUGAGUUGUGAUAAUUUUAAUAAUUUGAAAAAUAAAAUAUCAAAAAAAAAGAAAUUACAAUUGGUCAAAUGGAAAGGACUUAGGAUUGAAAUUAAGAGCUCAAACUCGGCAAGAAUUUUUGUUUUAGUAUAAAGAAUAAUAUUUUGUUUAAUGAGCAACGAAAAACAAACUUUCGCCGGAAACGAAGCACCCUACUAUAUGUGUAAAUAUGUAUGCGCAAAACAAUAUAUGUCACAUUGAGUAGAUUUUUUGCAUUUAUGUAUAUAUGUAUAUUUUCAUGGGGAGAGGGGAGGAUGAUUAUAUUAUCUAAAGAGCCUAUAUAAGAAUUCUUAUGGAUUUGCGAAAAGAGUUCUAAAUCGGUUUUGAUGCCCGGGUCAAAAAAUCAGAUCUGUUUUAAAAUAAAUGAUAAAAUUAAAUAUUGUUUCUUUAAUUCAAGUUUAUAAAUCGUAUUUAUUUUAUAUAGGAAUUUAAUCUGUUUUUAUCCGUACUAGUCAUUAUCCAGGCCAAUAUCAGACUUAAUUUCGUAUGAUAUUUAGUCUGUUUUAAAUCGGGCUUAGACAAAAAACAGACUUUUUUAUUAUAAUCAUUGGUCUGCGUUCAAUAGAUUUCAAUAGUGUUCAGAUUAAAUUUUUCGGUCCGGGUAGAUCAAAAACAGAUUAAAAUUUUCAUAGAAGUUCAAUAACAGACCAAGUAGUCCAAAUACAGUCCAGUUAGACUAAAAUCAGAUCAAAUUUUUUGACCCGGGUGGUGCUUUCGGGCGGGUUCCCAUAGGAAUUUUAAUAGAAAUCUACAUUUAAAUUCAAUUAGAUUCUUAUGAGAAUAGAUAGAUUUUUAUUGGAAUUCAUGAUGGCUGAAUUGGAUGAAAAUCGAAAGGAAAACAUUCGUAGGAAUUCCUGAAGACUUUUAUUGUCUUAUGGAGAAUAUUUCUAUGGCUUCCUAUAGAUUCUUAUAAAUUUUCACGAAUUUAUAUGAUCCGAUAAAUUCUCAAUUUUGAGAUGAAUUCCCAAAAUUGCUAAUGGUUUCCAUGGAUUCUUAUGGAUUUCUAUGAAUUUCGUAUUCAAUUCCUUAUAUACUAUAUGGAUUUCGUAUUUAAUUCCAAGGAAUUUUCAUGAAUUUCUAUGGAUUCGUAUGUUCCUAUAGAUUCCCAUAGAUUCUUAUGAAUUUUAUAUUCAUUACUUCUAUAUUCCUCUGGAUUCUUAUAAAUUUCUUUGAAUUUGUAUGCUCUUAUGGAUUUUGAUAUGAGUUUGCAUAAAUUCCUACAGGUUCUUGUGGAUUCCCAUGGAUUUCAAUAGAUCCUCAAGCACAAAAAGAAAAGAAUACAUCGGCCUAAAAAUAUUUCUUGCAAUUCAGAAAAUAGUCGAAAUUAUGUUAGUUCAUGAAAAAAAAAUGUCCGGUUAAAAAAAAUUUUAUUGGACGAAGAAAUUUUUUUCUUGAACAAACAAAAUUUUGACUUUACUUUUGAAUUGUAAAAAAAUAUUAUUGGACUACGACAUGUUCUUUUCUGUGUGGGUUCCGGAAAAGUUUUUAUAUACAAAAUGAUAAUUUACUUCAAGUCAAGAAGUGAUGUCAUUUCUGACAUAUCAACAAUAUUUGUAUUUGAACGGAGUAAUAUUUACUAGUAACUGCAAUUUAUUAUUUACUUAUUUCCGAGUGAAUUUUAAUGAAUUUUUUUCAAAAUUUCUACGGAUUCUUCUUUAAACUUUUGUGAUCGCGUAAUCAAUUUUUUUAAAAUCAAGAAUUUAUUGUUUAAAAAAAAAAAACAGUAUUAUAAAAUCUACUUGAUAAUUAUUUAAGCAGUAUUAAAUACGAAAAUGUGCACAUUCCUUUAUUUUGUAGAUAUAGAAGUUGUAAAUUGUUUUGCAAAUAAAGAUGCAAUAAAUAAAAUUAUCAUUAUUUUUAGUUAUUAGUGUCUGCAUAGGUCUUGACGCCGUUUUUAUUCUAUUGAACAAGUUUUCAUAUUAUUGAAUAAAUAAAUAAGAAAAUAUAACGUAGAAAUUAUUUAUUAAUAGCUCCUCGACGGAUAAUUCACGUGGGCUAAAAGUUGUUAACUGUGAUAUUUUUAGCAUACGUAAUUACAGAAUUUCUACGUUUUCGAUUACACGGAAUGAAAUUUAUGGUAACAAUUAUAAUAUAUAAUGGUAAUGGUUCCCAUAAUGCAUGGUAACCGGUUUUUUUGAAAUGUUGAUUGUAGGAACGGCACCCAUAUAUAUUGUAGUAAUCGUUGCCAUAAUAUUAUGGUAACCGUUCCCGUAUGAAAAAACAAUAUAUGGUUAAAAUAUAUAAAAUCAUAUAUGUUUGCAACAAAAAAAUAUAUGAUAUAUUAUAUUGUAUAUUAUAAAAAGUCAUAUAGAGAUUUUCGCCGAUUUAAUAUAAAAUUAUAUACACGGAAAGAAAAUUAUGGCAGCGGUUCCCAUAAUUUUGUGAAAUUUUUUCCUAUACCAUCAUAGGAAUUACGACCAUAAUUAUAGGAACUAUUCCUAUAAUUAUGGGAAUGAUACCCAUAACACUAUAGGGAUGGUUCCUAUAAUUAUAGGAAUGGUUCCUAUAAUUUAUAGGAAUGGUUCCUAUAAUUAUAGGAAUGGUUCCUAUAAUUUAUAGGAAUACUUUCUAUAAUAUUAUGGGAAUGAUUCCCAUAAUGAAAUUGGAAUGGUUCGUAUACCAUUAUGGGAAUCAUUCCCAUAAUAUUAUGGGAAUAGUUCCCAUACUAUUAUAGGAACCAUUCCUAUAAUAUUAUGGGAAUGGUUCCCAUAUUAUCAUGAAAAAAUUAAUUUAAAGAAGUGUGGUAAUCAUUUCUACAAUACACAGAAAUAUUAUUAAACAUAAAAACAAAAAUUCAAACAUUGAAAAAAAAAAUCGUGUUUGGCAAAAAAACAUUAAAAAUUUUAACAAGAAUUUUUUGUCAGCACAAAACAUUCAAGAAAAUUCAAAUUUUGGGAAAUUUCUACACUAUUGUGCAAAAAAAAAAUUUUAUGAUAUUAUAGGGAUGGUUCCCACAACAUCAUGGGAAUAGUUCCCAUAAUAUUAUAGGAAUAGUUCCUAUAGCAAUAUGGGAACCAUUCCCGUACUAUUAUGGGAAUGAUUCCCAUAAUGGUAUGGGAACUAUUCUCAUACUAUUAUGGGGAUGGUUCUCAUAAUAUAUGGGAACCAUCCCUAUAGUAGUAUAGGUACUAUUCCCAUACUAUUAUGGGAACCAUUCCCAUAAUGCAUAGCAAAACUUCCCAUAAUGUUCUUUCCAUGUACAGUAGUAAAUAGAUGUAUUCCAUAUAUGUAACUUAUAUGUUUUUUAUAUUAAGCUAUGUAUACAUUUACAUUCACCUUAUAAUAUAUUGUAUUGAUAUAUUUUCUUUUAUAUUUAAAAAAUAUAAAAUUUUUAUAUGAAAUGAAAUACAUGGUAGCAAAUAAUUUAUAUCAUAUAUGGCACCAUAUAUUUUCUUUAUUAUAUUUAAGCAUAUAUUUUAUUCGGUGUUUGUAUAUGUAUAUGGGUAUGCAUGUUCGCAUCAAAUUAACUAAUUUUGAAAAUUUUAACUGCAAUUUAUAGAGUAUAUUAAAAUUUAGAUCUAAUUUAAUUGGAGUUGGUCACAUGAAUAAGAAAGUUUUCUUUUCCAUACACAAUAUAAAUAUAUGUUUUUAUAUAUGUUCAGAAUAUAUUUUUCGUAAAUGAUAGAUAUAUAUAUUUUUAUGUAUGAUAAAAAUAUAGUUUCCAUAUAUGAAAGAAAUAUACAUUUUCAUAUAUGAUAAAAAUAUAUUUUUUGUACAUGAUUGACAUAUAUAUUUUAUACAUGCUAAACAUAUACGGACUCGUAUAUGAUGAGUAUUAUAUUUUUUAAUAUAAAAAAAUAUAUAUCAGAAAAUAUAGUUAAAUUCACCACAUAUAUUUUCUGAUAUUUAUCAUAUAUUUUUACAUAUAUUUUGACCAUAUAUGUUAUUUUCAUACGGGUUACUAUUAUAUAUAUGGUAAUGGUUACUAUCAUAUUAUGGUAAUCAUUACCAUAAUUUUUUCACAUGCGAUAUGGGAACUGUUACCAUAAUGAUGGGAAUUGUUCCCAUUCUUAUGGGAACUUUUUCCAGAAAGUAUGGGCCUAUAUCCCAUAAUUCCAAGUAAUCAUUACCAUAACGGUAUGGGAUGAUAUUUCAUAAACGUACUAGGAACGAUUACCAUAAAUUUCUCUCCGUGUACAAUUCCUCUAAUAAUUAUAAAAAUAAUAAUAAUGAUUUUUUAAAAUUAUUUUAGUAUUGCAUAGAUUUUUGUACUAUGUAAGUAAAAAUUUUUUAUUGCUUGAUAAUAAAACAAAAAUUACUUACUUUUUAAUCUCAUAUUGGAGUAUUUAAAAAGGAAAAUAUAAUUAUGUAGUUGAUAAGUAUAUUCAACUACUAUUAGAUAAGUUUAAUUUUAUAAAAAAAAAUCCAUAUAUAUAUGAGUGUGCUCAAUUGUAAAUUAAAUAUCACUAUUUAUUAUGUAUUUUAAUAAUCUCAACAAUAUUA